UUUCUGUUACGGUGCUAGGACUAGUGCUGGUUGAUAUCGUGCGGGGCACGCAUCGAUUUUCGGAUUGUGCCGACGUUUUGAGCUCCGCGACGCGCGCACAAGCAGCCCAUCGCUGCGCAGACACGUCAAGAUCCCGCUCCGCCGCGGCCUGCGGCCCGGCGCGCGGCGCGCGCGCCUCGCCUGGGGGCUAAAACCGCAUAACAAGCAAGAGCCGGUCCUGGGCCCGCACAACACGCAAAAGCCAGAGGAGCCACAUAACACGCAAGAGCCAAGAGACGAGCCGGUCAAGAUGAACAACGAGCGCAUGCUCGUGCGCGACGCGAACACGGGCGAGAUGAUGGAGAUGUGCCUGAAGACGGGGCACCUGCUCAAGCUCGGCACCCCGCCCUCCGAGGAUAUGAAGUUCGCGGCGUCCGCCCUCCGGCACAAGAAGCCGGUACCGGCGCACCUCCGGCCCAAGGAGGUCGCACCGAUCGUCGUCACGGCGCCGCCGCCGGCGACGCCGCCGGCGCCGCCGCCGGCGCCGCCGCCAGCGCCACCGGCCGACGCGACGCCGCCGCCCCUGCCGGCGCGCGUCGCCGCGCCCACGCCGCCGCCGCCGCCGGCGAGCACGAGCGCGUCGCCGGCGUCGCUGCCCAAGUCGUCGGUGGCGUCGACGCCGGCGCAAUCGCCCCGGGCGGCGUCCGCGCGGAAGCGCCGUGGCUCGCUCCUCGACGGCGUGAACAAGUUACUCGGCAAAGAGACGAACCCGGUCGACGACCUCGACGUCGCGCUCGGGCGCCUCGCGAAGGCCGACUUGAGCGCGGCGGAUAAAAUAGCGCUGGCCCUGAAGCUGCGGAGCUACGCCGACUGGCUCGACGCCGCAACUCCCAGAGCGGCGAGCCCCGCGGCGCUCGUGUCGACGCCGGCGCAGGAUGGGUUCCGCUACCGCUUCCAGACGUCGCCGGGCGACGCGCAGAAGGCCCUGAAUGCCACGCGUUUGCCGCUCACAACCCCGGAAUUUGAGCGCCAGGCGUCGACGUCGCCGCUGCCGUCGCCCGAGGUAACCGCGAAGGUGCUUGACACCGUCGCCGAGCUCUCCAGCGACGAGCUCGUGGCGGCCGUGCGCGCCGAGGCCGUGCGGCGGGCCUCCAGUACCGAAGACGUCGUUGAGGCCAGCGACGACGACGCGCCGCCCCGGGCCGUGUCGCCCACUCUGGAAGCUGCGAGGCCCGUGUCGCCGAUCAUGUCGCCAGCGCAGACUCCUGCCGCGGUUGUCGACGCGCCGCCCCCGGCGGUCGACGCAAUUCGGCCGAUUCCUGACGCGGUCGACGCGGCGCCCCCGCCAGUGAGCCGGGCGGCCUCGACGAAGACGGCGACGCCGCAAGGCCACCGCGUCGUGACCAUGUCGUCCGGCUCGGUGUCCAGGGCGCCGCCGCCCGCAGAACCGGCGCCGCCGCCGCCGGCCGUCGAGCCCUAUAGGCCCACAACGACCGGCACCGCGAUGCUCGACGCCAUCGAGGCCGAUAUUCUGAACCUUGAGACGACCCUCGAUGCGGCGCCCGCGGACGCAGACGAGGGCCUCAUUUCCUUCGAUGCCACGCCGGCCGCGGACGACGGCGACGACUUCGCUGCCUUCGAGGCCGCGCCCGCGGCAGACGUCGACCAGAAGACGCAAUCGCCCUUCGAGGCCGCGAUCGCGGCGCGGCGCGCGCGCUCCGAGGCGCAAACAGAGAGGUCAGACCCCCUGGCCGGGGCGCGGGCGACUACAGUAAUAUAAGUCCGCAACUAUAUACUUAUACUAAGCAAGCAAGCAGUGGAUAUGUCGCCCACAAGAGGGCCAAAGAA